CUGGGUUCAGGGUGGGGGUGGGGUGGAUGACAUGGCGGUUUCACAUACCUGUGGGUUUUUGCCCCUGAAUGUUGGGGAAUUGUGUUUGGGUCACGGAGGCAUUGCAAGUGAUAAUGCACGUGCAUCCAGAUCUUGUUAGGCAAUGUGGCUGCGUGUAUUAGUUUGGGUGUAGGAUUCCUAUGUUUGAAUGUUUGGGAAAUGUGUUGGUGGGGGCUCAUUCGCAUGUUCUUAAGUCAUACUGAAUGGCCAUGUAUGUUUCUUGUGUUGAUUUUCAGGUGUGUGUCUACAUAUAUUGGUAUUGAAGGGUAGCUAUAUGACAUUUAGUGGUGUAUUAGGGUUCUCUAGGGAAAGAGAAUCAAUGAGAGGUAUCUAUGAGUAUAAAAUUUAUAGAAGUGACUCAUGCAACUCUGGGUAACUGAGAACUGAAUGGCCGUGUAAGUUUCUUGUAUUGAUUUUCAGAUGUGCAUCUACACAUAUUGGUAUUGAAGGGUAGUUGCAUGACUUUUAGUGGGUUGGUAGGGUGUCCUGUAUGUUCAGAUUGAAGGAUACUGUGGCAUUGGCUUUGUGUGACUCUUUAUGCAAACAGGUAUGUGAUGUGGGGCCGGAUAUGUAUUGGUGAUUAUAUUUGCCUACUUUUGUGUGUGUGUAUUUGAGUAUAUUCGAGGCAGGUGGAAGUUGAAUUUGAAUUUCAUUGAUGUAUGUAUUUAUGGUGCUUGGGAGUUUGCACAUUUUCUAGGACUAUGUGUUUGCAUUUGGUAGUAGGAAGUCAUUAGCAUGCAUUCUGGGAGCCGAGUAUUUGUGUAUGUGAUGGAAGUUUGGGUUGUGUGUUUCUAGUGAUGUGGGACAAUUUUAUUUGUAUGUAAUGGAAGCAUGUGAUAUGAUUACCUUGGAGUAUCUGGGGUUGUGGUAAUUUGUCAGUGUAUGACUUGGGCCUUGGCAGAGAUUUCCUCUGUACUCAUCUCUGGCAGACUGGAGAUGUUUCUUUGUGUCUAGGUAGUGUAUACUAGUUUGUGUGCACUCUAGAAGUGGGCGAUUGUGUGCAGGUUCACGGUAGAGUGGUGGAUGAGAUAACUUUUCACUUGAAAGUGUGACAGGAAAGUGUGUGGAGGUUUUCUGUGUACACGUCAGAGAAGUAUUUUAGCUGUACAUGGUGGUAAACGGGCAUAAUGUGUGGAUGUUUUGUAUGGUUCUAGGUGUGUGUGUACGAAUUCGAGCGUGUAUAGCAUUUCCCCUUAGAUAGGAAGAAGUGGCUGGAGUAUGUGUAAGUUGUGUGUGUCUGUUUUCCAGAUAUAGAAGGGGCUGUGCCUGUUCUUGUGAUUUAUAGCAUGGUUUUGCUAAUAUGUUUUGGGCGAAAGUAAAAGGUUCAUACUCAGUGUGCAGGUGUAUUCUAGGCACAUGUUUUUGUAAAAGGGGUUUAGAUUCACUAAAGCUGGAUGGAACGAACUUGGGACAGUUAUUGGGGCGUAUCUCCUCCCACGGCCGGGCUCCAGGUGAGGGCAGAGAAGUCUGGCAUGCGGGGUGCCAUGGAAGCCUGAGGUGCAGUCUUUGGAAGUGGAUCCCAGAACCUGGUUCAGUGGGGUGGGGAGGGGUCACAGAGUUGUUUCAUAUAGGUGGGUUUUUUUUUUCUCCCUGCGUGUUGGCGACUUGUGUAUGCAUCACCUCCGGCUUACUCGCGAUAAGUGCAAGUACAUGCAUGUCAUGUUACGGAGUGUAUACGGCCGAUGGCAGUAGCACUGUGGGCACUGUGUGCAGAGAGGAUGGGUCAGCGGGCAUCGCUGGUGGCAUUAGCCAUCUCAGCGCUGGCCAAGGCUUCAGAAGAAGAAUCCCCAAGGCCAGCGUUUGAGUUGGGCCUCCAUAAUGCUGGGAGCUGCUCCCUGUCUUCUGGGAGAGAUCUCCAUGGAGACCGCCCCACCCACAGAAGUGGAAUUGUGAGGAGGCAGCAUUGUCUUCUGGGAGAGAUCUCCAUGGAGACUGCCCCACCCACAGAGGUGGUAUCUGCAGGAGGCUGCAGUACUGGAGCCACCUCUUGGCUUUCGGUUGCUGGCACCGUUGCCCACUCCCCUAGCGGGCACGGUCACUCUACUCUUCUUCCUAACCUCGCGCUCCCUGUUGUACCUGUGCCCCCCAGUUUGGGCAGUGCUGUUAGACAUUGGGCUGGGCCGGGGCCAGGUGGGGCUCUGCGGCCUUUGCCUCUGCCUCUCCUGCCCUUCUUACCCGCCCCAGAGCUGGAAGCGGGGCAGCCUCUGCCAUGGCCUCCGGAUCCCCACACAUAGGGGGCAGCGGAAAGAUCCGGACGCGGUGUUGCCACCCCGGUCCCGUGACGCCUUACUCGCAGGGGCGACGGCGCCAGCUGGGUGUUCUUAGCAGCGUUACAGAAUGUCUUCAGAAUAACGUGCCAGCAUGGCUACAGAGAUAUUUCAACAAGAACGAAGAUGUAUGCAGCCGCACAACAGAUGCCAAGGAGACACCAUGUUCACGAGAAAUUAGGGAAGGUGACCAAGUAAAGUGUGCCAGUGAGGAGAGCUCUAAUAUUAAUGAUGGGAGGAUCACCAGUGAGCCAACAGUCGGUAAGACAGAAGACGCCUCAACAACCAGCCCUGCUUCAAAUUAUGCAGGCGAAUUAGACAGGCCUUCUCUUCGUCGGAGCCACUUGAAUUUCUCUGUGUUGGUACCUCCUCCUUUGUCCUUUCAGCUGUCCACAUCAUCAGCAUUCCCAAUUGGCAGUUCCCUUAGAAAGGAAAUUAUAGACUCUACCUCUCAGCAUGGUGAUGAUAACAUGUCAACUAGCCAUCCUUGUCAUUUUUCAACAAGAGGUUCCAAUAAAGCUAUGGCUGCUUCAAAGAAGCCUUCAGUGCCACCUCUGUGGUCCCCAGAGGCUGAGCAGUCUCAUUCACUCUCACAGCACACUGCCACCAGGUCAAGAAAACCAGCAUUCAGCUUGUCUGCAUUUGGGACACUUUCCCCUUCAUUUGAGAAAUCUUUGAUCUUUAAAACAAGUAGGCAUGGAGAUCCUCCUUGUUAUCUUGGAGAAACAACAUAUGGUGGGGCAGCAGCUGCUGUAAGACAUUCUAAACUAGGAAGGACCCCUUAUCAGGCACCAGUAAGAAGACAGAUGAAAGCUAAGCAGCUCAAUGCACAGUCCUAUGGUGUGACUAGUUUAGAAGCUCGGCGAAUAUUACAGUCUGUAGAGAAGAUAUCAGGACCACUAGCAGAUGUUUCUUCCAUGCAUUCUUCUCUUGAUAGGAGUUGGAUAGAUAGCACAGAUUUUGGGGCCAAAAGGGAUAAGGUGGAUUCUCAGUAUCCUGUUCAAAAAUUCAGGUCCCCAAAGCCAGUUUCCAGAGCAACGUAUCAAAGUCUUUAUUUUAAACCAUCUCUGACCCCAUCUCAUGAAUUGAGGAAGGCUAAUCAAAGAAUAGUUAAAAACCACAGUACUCAUGAAAACAAUAUGACACCAGGACAAAAUAGAGAACAAGAAAGUGGCUUUCCAUAUAGAAAUCUGCAAGUUCCUGCACCCAAUGGAUUAUCUUCUGGAGUAGGUAGUAGAGGUGGCAAAAUUAGACAGGAGAGAACACGCUUACUUGCAUCUAAACCACCGGUGAAGGAAAUGGAAGUACGAGGAAUAUCAAAACUCUCUCUACCGAUCACCAGUUCUUCACUGCCUGCAUUCAGUAUUCAUUGUCCUCUGAUGACAACUUCCUCUCCAGCUCCCAUGAGUCCUUCACAAUCAGUAACAGAUAAGGUACAAAUGAUUUCUCCGAGCAGCAGUGGCAGUGCCGUGUUUAGAUUUUCUUCUCCCACUGUAAAAUCUACUGUGGCAGAUGUACUACCUUCUUCAUCUACUGAAUUUACAAUUAGUAUGCCUGUUGCAAAAACAGAACUUCCAGACACCAGUAUUACUUCAGAACCUAUUAUAAGUACUUCAGCUCAAGAUAUCACUGAAGCAAAUAGUAUAAGCCAUAAGAGGAAGCUAGAUGAAGAUUAUUAUAAGGGCCCUUCUAGACCUGUAAAAACCUGGAAAGAAGGAAGAGUCCUAGAUGUGAAAAACCCUGGUUUCAUAUCACCAAAGGUAGAUGCUUUUGCUGCUCGGCCUACCAUGACAAGCCCAGCAGCUUAUACAAAACCAGGCGUAUGUAGGUUUUCCUCUAGUGGAACUGGACUUGGGGAAAGUUUAAAAGCUAGAUCAUCAUGGCGCUGUGAUACAUGUCUACUCGUGAACAAAGUUACUGACAAUAAGUGCAAAUCCUGUCAAGCCGCCAAGUUGCCACCUAGAGAUACUGCUGAACAGACAGCCAUUGGGACACGAAGAAAAAGUGGCAAACCAACCAUUUCUGCAUCAGGGGCAGGCUUUGGGGACAAACUUAAAGUGAAAUUACAAACUUGGGUUUGUGAUACGUGUUUAGUGCAAAAUACACCUGAAGCAAGAAAAUGUAUAGCUUGUGAAACAUUCAAACCUGGAACUGGUGUCAGCCGGUUCCUUCCACUGCUAGUGGCUUCAGAAAGUGCCGUGAGUAUGACUGCUUCAUCUCCUAGCUGCACUGUGACCACUGGUGCCUUAGGAAUUGGAGAUGAGUUCAGAAUGCCAGUAGGAUCUUGGGAGUGUCGAAUAUGCUGUGUUUGUAAUAAUGCAGAGGACAAUAGAUGCAUGUCCUGUAUGUCCAAGAAAACAGAGCGCUCAGUACCUGCUUCAAGUAGCAGCAGUGUAUCUGUUGGUCUUUGUUCUGGGGGCGGCGUAGGGUUGGAGAAGUUGAGGAAUCGUAAGGGAAACGGGGACUGUGAAGUAUGCCUAGUGCAGAAUAGAGCAGAUUCUGCCAAGUGUGCAGCAUGCAAAAGUGCCAAGCCAGACACAACAGGCACGAAAUCUGAGUUUAAAGGUGUUAGCAAAUGUUCAUCAUCUUCAAACCCAGCCCCCUCAUGUUUCAAAUUGGGAAACUCAUCACCGUCUUCUGGGCCUUCUCUGAUUUCAACAAGUACUGGAAACUUUCAAUUUGGAGAUCAGAGAGGCUUCAAAACUAGUGUGUCUUCAGAUUCUGGAUCCAAAGAUGCAGUGAACAGAGGCUUUCAAUUUGACAAAUCCACCAAGAAACCUCGUCAAGUUCCCUCUGAAGUUGUUAUCUUUGGCACAAGUGCUAUUAACCAUGAUCCAGCUGCUGCUAAUACUGCAGUGACCUCUCAGAGCAAGAGAAGCUUCAGUUUUAGAACCGUAGAAGCCAAAAGUGUUUCAUUGGCUCCAGACGCGUGUCAGACAUCAGAUGUAGAAAUGGAGGAAUCGUGUCAGACAUCAGACGUAGAAAUGGAGGAAUCAUGCCAGACAUCAGACGUAGAAAUGGAAGGAAUCAUGUCAGACAUCAGACGUAGAAAUGGAGGAAUUGCCUCCAGUCAAAGGAAGGUUUGCUUCUGGCAAUAUGGCAUCUGCCUCUGUGCCACCUGCCUCAGCGUUCACUUUGGGAGGGACAGGGGAGAAACAGCAACAGCGUGUCACUUCUGCUACUCCUGCGUAUGGGAUGAAAACUGA